AUGGAUACGAUAAACUCCUUAUGGACCAUCAUCGCUUGGCUGCUCAACUACAAGCCGAUCCUGCUCGUGGUUCUGCUUGUAUUGCUGUUGCUCAGCAACUGGCUGGUCAAGCAAGAAGUCUGGCCAAACAGGAUGAAGCAUGAGAUGGAAUAUAUAGAAAAUCCAAAGGUCUCGGAGUGUACCACCAGCAACGCCAUCAUCACAGCUAAGGAGAUCGACAAGAUGCAUGCCUGCUUUGCUGUUCAAGACAAACUCAUGGAACGUCUCAUGUUCAACGAGAUGAAGCUGAAAGUAUUGGAGAACCAGAUGUUCAUUGUUUGGAAUAAAAUGAACCGCAGGAAGAAGUCGUGCCGGCCCCAGAUUCCUUCCCCAGCCAAGUACCUCCCCAGGCGAAAUGGCUUCUCCUCUGCCUCGGGCCUCAGCUCCAAUUCCCAUGGGCCUUGCUGA